UUUAGGGCUCUUGGACGCAAUGGAUGUUUCUUGAGCGCCCAGGCAAAUGGAUCGUACCGCAUUCUUUGAAUUUCUUUCGCUGGAAGCGAAAAAUCGACCAAAACCAUGCUGCAAAUCCCAAGGAUGGACGGAGUUUCGCUUCUUUCUUUACUUUGCUUGUAGCUCGCGAGAUGAAAUGCUUUGGACGAUCGGCAAAACGAUCACAAUGGCUGUGGCGGAUUUUUCUCCGCAGCUCGUUCUCUGCGAGCUUGGAUCAAGCGCUGGGCCGGCUAACGGCGCAAGGUAGCGAAGUAACUUCCGGUACUUACGCCUCGCUCGUCCGGCAGUGUGGCUCGCUGGGAGAAUGCAAGCUCGUCCACCGCCAUAUCAUGAGCUCGAGCAAGCAUUUCCAGAGCACUUACCUGAGCAACUUGCUCAUACAAAUGUAUGGCAAGUGUGGCUACCUGGACGACGCGAUCGCGGUCUUCAAGCAGCUCUCCAGCAGGAACGUGUACUCGUACAACAUCAUGGUGGCGGCUCUCGUCCAAAACGCUCGGCUCAAUCAAGGCUUGCAAGUUUUCCAGGAGAUGCUCUUCGACGGGAUCAAGCCGGAUGUUGUGAGCUUUGUCACUGUGCUGGGUGCCUGCUCCAGCGUUAAAUCGGUGGCUUUCGUGUACAAGCUGGUCUACGCUGCCGGGCAUGAAUCCAACGUUGUCAUCGCAACCUCGGUGAUCAACCUCUAUGGCCGGAGUGGUGGCGUCCGCCCAGCAAGAGAGCUUUUCGACAGGAUGACAAGGAAGAACGCUGUGACUUGGAACUCUAUGAUAGCGGCUUAUGCCCAGAACGGGCAUGCCGUGGAAGCGAUGGAAACUUACAAGGUAAUGGACGUCGAGCCGGACGAGGUCACGUUUGUCAACGUUUUAGGUGCCUGCUGGUCCGUGGAUCAAGCGAAGAAGCUACACGAGAAGAUAGUUUUGCUCGGGUUUGAGACUGAUGUGGUAGUCGGGACCGCGCUGGUGACGAUCUAUGGGAAGUUCGGCCUCGUCCAGGAGGCCGAGGAUGUUUUUGAAAGGAUUCGAGAAAAGAAUCUCAUCUGCUGGACGGCGAUGCUGAGUGCUUAUGUCGAUCACGGCUUUCACUCGAAAGCUCUCGAAACUUAUCAGAAGAUGAGAACUCCGGCAGGCUCUGGUUUGAAGCUGGACGCGAUUGUCUUCGUCAGUGCUUUGAACGCGUGCUCGAGCUCGAAUGACUUGGACGUUGGGAAGCAGCUCCAUGCCGACAUGAUCGCUUCCAAGAUCAAGCUCGAAGGCGACGCCGCCGCCAGCCUCGUCAACAUGUAUGGCAAGUGUGGAAGCUUGGCGAUGGCGAGAGAAGUUUUCGACAGGCUCGUGAAGCUGAGAAGAGACAUCGUUUUAUGGAACACGAUGCUCCUUUCCUACGCCCAGAGCGGCCUCCGGAGCGAGGCAGUGGACUUUCUGUGGGAGAUGACUUUAGACGGCACGCAGCCGAACGAGAUAUCUUUCACGGGAGUUCUGUACGCUUGCUGCCAUGGAGGAGUCCUGGAGCAAGGACGCGAGCACUUCCAGGCCAUGGUCCGCGAGUACGAGAUCUCUCCAGUGUCCCAGCACUUUGGAUGCAUGGCCGAUCUCUUUGCUAGACUGGGAAAGCUCGGCGAGGCUGAGGAGCUGCUGAGAUCCAUGCCUUACGAGCCCGAGUUCGUGAUGUGGACCGCCUUGCUCGGUGCUUGUAGAAACUAUGGUGACUCCGAGCGAGCAGCGCGUCUAGCCGAAAGUUUGUCUCCAGAGACAUCGUCUUCUUACGUUCUUCUAUCGGGCACUAUGACGAACUUGUGAGCUUUUCUCGCAAGAUGGA